CCGACCAGAGUGGAGAAGAAGCGUGUGCCCGCAGCGCGGGGCGGCAAGCUGUGCGCGGCCAUGUGCACCUAAUGGGGCGCGCCCUCUGCUGUCGGUCCGGAGGAACCGCUACCCUUGGGGACUCCCGGACGUCGGCAGUGAACAGAGUAUCCCGUCAUCAGGCACCAGUGUUAGGAGGUUGGGCUGUAAUAAUUCACCAUGGCUUAUGGCUUGCCAAGAAAGAACACAGUGAAAACCAUUCUGCGGGGCAGUUGUUAUGAAGUACAGGAACCUUGGGAUCUUGCACUACUUACAAAGGUCUGGUGCACGAAACUAGCCAAAAUCAAGUUGCCUUUCUUGAAAGAAAUUGCAUUUGGUAGUCCUAUACCCCUCAAAAUACAUAAAACCAAUAAGGAUGGUCUGCUCCCUUCUGCAGAAUCCCUCAAAUUGGAAAGAGAGUAUGAAAUGAAGCGCCUGAAUAACCUGAAAUGUCAGGAAGAUGCAGCUAAGAAAAUUCAGUUUUCCCUAAGGGAAAGGCAAGUUGGUUUGAGAAGACCUCUUCCACCUAAGUGACAGUCACCUCUUAAUCGAAUCUGCACUCUGGCUUUCCGCGUCUGAAGGGGAUGAAAGGCUGUGACCUUUCACUAUGUGAAGUCUGGUGCAGAUAUAUGCAUGCCCACUGGUUGAUGAGCUAAUCUGACAGAUCUUCUGGGUCCCUGCCACAUACUUGUUCCAUUGUAUCACAAGUAACAGCAUGGUAAAUAGAUGAAAAAUACAUCUGGAAUUGAGUCAUUUCUGCUAUUCAUUUGAAUUAUUGAAAAGUUGUACUAAGGGAAGAGGAAACUCCUUGUUAGAGACAUUAUUUUUUUGCAUCUAUGAUCUGGAGCAGGCACCAAAAAGGAGAGAGAGAGAAAUUCGUUUAAAAAUGAUAAAUGGUGAAAACUUUUGUUUGGUUAAGAAAAAUUGUAGAUUUCUUUUUAGUAAUUCUACAGUUCCCAAUUUUCAAUAAAAUAUCAUUAUU